AUUUUGGAUUGGACUGGAUUGGAUUGGAUUGGAUUGGAUUGGAUUGUGAGCUUUUGUGCUGUGUUAUCUUUGCCGACUGGAUUGAAGAAAUAUGAGAGUGGUGGAAGGGAUUAGUAAUUAUGAGAACACUUUGUGAUUCCUGUGAAGGCGCAGCCGCAAUCGUGUUUUGCGCUGCGGACGAGGCUGCUCUUUGCCGCGCCUGCGACGAGAAGGUUCAUAUGUGCAAUAAGCUUGCUAGCCGGCAUGUUCGUGUUGGUCUUGCUACUCCAAGUGAAGUUCCCCGCUGUGACAUUUGUGAAAAUGCACCUGCUUUCUUUUAUUGCGAGAUAGAUGGAAGUUCCCUCUGUUUGCAAUGUGAUAUGAUUGUUCAUGUUGGAGGCAAAAGAAUGCAUGGAAGAUAUCUUGUACUGAGACAAAGAGUUGAGUUUCCAGGAGAUAAACCUGGUAAUAGUGAUGACCCAGCUUCCCAACCCAUUGAUCCAGCUGAGAUCAGAAGAGUACAACAACACCAUCCACCUAGAAUGACAAUAGGAGAGAACCCGCAAAAUCACCGGGUGUCUCCUAUUCGUGCUUCAGAUGCCAAUGCCGAUGGGCAUGUAAAGAUGGAUAAUAAGUUGAUUGAUUUGAACAUGAAGCCUCAUCGGAUGCAUGGACAAGCUUCAAACAAAGAGGACUAGUAUCGGCAUAUCUGGAAUCAUCGGCUCGAGCAGAUUACGUCGCUGGCGAGUCGCAAGAAGGGUGCUUCCAGUGUACCUUUGUUGUGUUGCUGCUUCAUGUACAACUGUGAAAUGGGCAUUUGAUCUGUAUGUAGUUGAGUUGUGCAGAGGAAAUAAUAGUAAAAUGGUAUCCAUAACUUUGCUUCAAAAGAAAAACAUAUUUUUGCAAGUGCUUGUAUAUGCAAAAAUUGAGGACCUUCUUGUU